CGCGCCGCCGCCGCCCCCCGCCCCCCGCCCCAGCAGGUUUACGAAAUCUGCACCUCGUAGGAGUCUCUGGUUUCCGAUUAUUCAUACAGCAGAAGGCUUAGGGUUACUAGAUCUGCUGCCGGCGGGGUAGGAGUCGGUUUCGAUUCAUAUACAGCAGCAGCAGGCUUUCUAGGGUUACGAAAUCUGCUCCUGGUAGGAGUCCGGUUCCGAUUCAUACAUCCUCUCCCGAUUCCGUGAAAUCUUGUAUAAAUUCCCUCCCCCCUCGACAUAGGCUGCUUGAAUUCAGGGCGGUUCUCAAGAUGUCGAUGUCGACCGAGCAGCAGCAGCAGCAGCAGACCGCCGUUACCAAGAAGCACAGCGUAAGCAGGGAGGGGAGGAGAGCCAAGUCCAAGAAAAAAACAGCACAGGAUCCAUACGAUUCGUUGUACGGCCGCGUCCCCUUGAAGAUGUUCCACGAGAGGCCAUGGACGUACGCUGGAUGGCUCGAUGGAUCCAAGGUGGGCAAUUACGUGCUGCUCUUUGGCAAUGUGAUGCGGGUCCGGCCACUGAGCAAGACGAGCACCAUUGUGGUGCUGCUCAGCAGGUGUAGAACGGUGCGCUGUAUGGUCGUCGCCAGUGCCGAUGAGGGGGUGACCACGCGCAUGGUGCGCUUUGCUGCCACCCUGCGCAGAGGAACCUACCUUGAAGUUGAGGGCGUUGUCUCCCCCCCUGGGAUGGAGACGGAUAUGCUGCUUCGCACAACACAACAGGUGGAGAUUCAGGUGAGGAAGCUCUAUACCAUCGCAACAAAUAAAGAUGGCAGUCUGGUUGAUGGGGUCACCACAACGGAGGAAGAUGAUGACGGUGCAGUUGAUGGGGUCACCACGAUGGAAGAUGGCAAUCCGGUUGAUGGAGUCGUCGCCACAAUGGAAAAUAGCAGUCUGGUUCAUGGGGUCAUCAUUGAUGGCGUCACCACGAUGGAAGAUAUUAGUCUGGUUGGUAGGGCCACCACAGCGGAAGAUGGCAGUCUGGUUCAUGGGGUCGCCACGAUGGAAGAUGACAUUCUGGUUGAUAGUGUCGCCACGAUGGAAGAUGACAGUCAAGUUGAUGGGGCAUCACAGAGUUCUUCCAUCAGCAUCCCCACAAGGCCUUCAAUCAUGCUUCCAGAGAACCCAGUUGGACGAGAAGGGGAGACUCAGGUGAGGAAGGACCAUACCAUCGUGAAAUAUGGCAGUCCGGUUGAUGCUGUCGCAGCCAUGGAAAAUUGCAAUCCGGUUGAUGAGCUAUCACAGAGUUCUUCCAUCAGCAUCACCACAAGGCCAAUCAUGCUGCCAGAGAACAUGGUGGGACGAAAGGGGGCGAUUCAGGUGAGAACAGUCCAUACCAUCACAACUAUGAAAGAUGGCAGUCCGGUUGAUGGUGUCGCAAUGAUGUCAGAUGAUGGCAGCCAGGUUGAUGGGGUAUCACAGAGUUCUAUCAGCAUCACCACAAGGCCUUCAAUCAUGCUGCAGGACAAUCUGGUGGGACGAGAGGCGAAGUUGAGGAACCUCCAUACCAUUGCAACGAUGCAAGAUGGCAGUACGAUUCAUGGGGCAUCAAAUAGUUCUUCCAUCAGCAUCACCACAAGGCCUUCAAUCAUGCUGGAGGAGAAUCUGGUCGGACGAGAGGGUGAACCUCGGUGGGUUGGACAAGCUGGAUGGGGCCUUGCUCAUGCUGAUGAAAGGCCAUCUUUGAAUUAUGACUAUGCCAAUCCCUUACCUGUGUGCCAUGCAAUCUUCCGCAUCCACUCUGAAGUUGAAUAUAAAAUCAUGGAAUUUUUGAGGUCAAUGCAUUUUGUUGGGAUACAUACCCAUGGCACAUUUGCUGGAUCAGUUGAAGGUGGGUUAGCUGUCGUCAAUCCAGAGGACAUCACUGGCCAACGAACUUUCUUAGCACAAUCUCCCUUGCUAUACAAGCAAAUGGCUACUUGUGAGGUUAAACGUGUGUUUGAGUUUGGUCCCAUGUUCAGACAUGAGAAUUCAAACUGUAAAAUGCACACCUGUGAUUUAGCUGCUGAAAUGGAGAUCAAGGACCAUUAUCUCGAGGUUUGUGAUAUUGUCAAUGCCUUGUUGGUAGAUUUGUUUAAGCAUUUAAACAAGAAUUGCAAGAAAGAGCUCGAGGCAAUAAGUCAGAGGUAUCCUGCCGAGCCUCCUAAGUACCUAGAGGAAACCUUAAUGCUCAAAUAUGAUGAUGGAAUUCAGAUGUUGAAGAUGUUUGAAGAUCGAGCUGCUGCUCCACUCUAAACCCUCUACAUGAGAAGAUGCCAUGCUACUCCAGUCGGUCUGUCAUCAAGUGCAAGUCCUUGACCAUAUCAUGCACUACCUCAACCAUCUCUUUGCUGGCAAUCUUUCGGGUUAAGCAUUCUUCCCGUAUCCCCCCUGAUUCAUGCUUCCACAUGGCUGUGUGAUCUGCAAACAAUAUAGGAAAGUAUAGUAAGACUAACAUGCAGUAGAAGAUGCAUAGCGGAAUAUGAUUUGCAAAACUUCGGAUCAGCAGCUCGAUCUUCAAACAUCUUCAUAUAUGGUUUACACUUAACUGUAGAAGGGGAUAUCACAAGUGUUAACAUUUGUACCUAGACCUGAAUUUUCCUUUGAAACUAACCAAGUAUAUCCAAAAUUGAAUAGUUCAUUACACCCUUUUAUCAUGGUUUAUUGGAUUUGCUUGAAAUUUAAACAAGUUAUUGAUUCCCUAUGUGUGAUGCUGGAGUAGAAUAGUGUGUUGUUUUGUAGUCUAAGCCAAUUAGGUUAGUACCACUGAAUGACGGAGGCAAGCAAACCUCCUGAGUACUAUUGAAUUUUAUAAUGUUCAAAUGUAUUUGAUGUUCGGUUGCAUGAAAUUGGAAAUCAAUUAGUAUAAAAGUUCACAAUCUAUUUUUUUUAUGCCAGUAUACCAAAUGACUGACCAAAAGCAUGCAGUUUAUAGUAGCCAUCAGUAUGCUGCAUGAAGGAUGUGCCUGCUGUCAAGAACUAAAC